AUGGAGGGGGUUGUGACAGCUGUAUGUGUGCUGCUGGCUUUGACUGUACGCUGGGCCGUGUCUCUGUACCCGUACUCAGGAGCCAGAAAACCGCCAAUGUUUGGAGACUAUGAAGCCCAAAGACACUGGCAGGAAGUCACACUAAACCUACCUGUCCAACAAUGGUACUUCAACUCAACUGACAAUGACCUGCUCUAUUGGGGUCUGGAUUACCCCCCUCUGACAGCCUAUCACAGCCUUCUCUGCGGGUACAUAGCCCGUGCCAUCAAUCCAGACUGGGUGGCCUUAACGUCAUCCAGAGGAUACGAAAGCCCCGAGCACAAGCUGUUCAUGCGUGCGACUGUUCUAGUGGCUGACUUGCUCAUUUACAUCCCUGCGGUUAUCCUGUAUUGUUCCUAUCUACAAGAAACUCCCAAGAGAAGAAUGGCAUCCCUGAUGUGCAUUUUGCUCUAUCCCGGCCUUAUCCUCAUAGACUACGGGCAUUUUCAAUAUAAUUCUGUGAGUCUG